AUGGUAAAAAGUAGCUCUAGAAGACUGUUGAGACUGAUGAGGUACCGAAGAAGACUUGGAUCAACUGUUGAGAAAUUGGAUUCAUUUCAUCAAUCACUUUGCCUCUUUGUGAUGAUAACCACCAGAAUGCCAAACAUGAAUCCAGUUCGUUUGAAAUUCAUGCAAGCCAUAAUAAUAUUUAUGAUGUUGCAGGUUGUUGUUUCUGCUCAAGACCAAAUUAUGUGCAUUCAGAGGGAGAGGGAAGCACUCCUCGAAUUCAAGGCUGCCCUUGUGGAUCACCAUGGAAUGCUCUCAUCUUGGACCACUGCUGAUUGCUGCCAAUGGGAAGGGAUUCGCUGCAGCAACCUCACCGGCCAUGUCCUAAUGCUCGACCUUCACGCUGAGUAUAAUUAUGCCUAUGGAAAUAACGUUCAGUAUCUCUCAGGACGCUUUAUCAGCGGGGAGAUCCACAAGUCGUUGAUGGAGUUGCAACAAUUAAACUAUUUAGACCUCAAUUCGAAUUCUUUUCCAGAUAGAGGAAUCCCAGAGUUUCUUGGUUCUCUGAUAAACUUGAGAUACCUUGAUCUGUCAUAUUGUGAUAUUGAAGGAAAAAUUCCAACUCAGUUUGGCUCUCUUUCUCAUUUGAAAUACUUAAAUCUUGCUUGGAAUCGUAAUCUGGAGGGUUCCAUCCCACGUCAACUUGGAAAUCUCUCCCAGUUGCAGCAUCUUUAUCUCAGUGCCAAUCGAUUUGAAGGAAAUAUACCCUCUCAAAUUGGAAAUCUCUCCCAGUUGCAGCAUCUUGAUCUAAGUGACAAUUCUUUAGAAGGAAAUAUACCCUCUCAAAUUGGAAAUCUCUCCCAGUUGCAGCAUCUUGAUCUUAGUGGCAAUUAUUUUGAAGGAAAUAUACCCUCACAAAUUGGGAAGCUUUCGAAUUUGCAGAAGCUUUAUCUUGGCAGAUAUUCUGAUGGUGGUGCUCUCAAAAUUGACGACGGAGAUCAUUGGCCGUCUAAUCUCAUUUCCUUAACCCAUCUUUCCUUGCUCUCCAUAUCUAAUCUCAACACUUCUCAUAGCUUCCUCCAAAUGAUUGCCAAGUUACCAAAUCUUAGAGAACUAAGCUUAUAUGAUUGUAGCCUUUCCGAUCAUUUUAUCCUUUCAUUGAAGCCCUCUAAAUUCAAUUUUUCUACUUCCCUUUCCAUCUUUGAUCUUUCCUGGAACAGCUUCACGUCAUCAAUGAUACUCCAGUGGCUGUCCAACGUCACUUCCAACCUUGUUGAGCUUGACCUUAGUCAUAACCUCUUGGAGGGUUCCACAUCAUCAAAUCAUUUUGGCAUGGUCUUCAAUUCACUUGAGCACCUUGACCUCUCCUUUAACAAUUUCAACGGUGAGGUUUUCAAGUCCUUCAUAAAUGUAUGCACCUUACAUUCUUUAUACAUGAAAAACAACAAUUUGAGUGAAGACCUUCCAUCAAUCCUUCAUAAUUUCUCUAGUGGUUGCGUUAGACACUCAUUACAAGAAUUGGAUUUGGCAUAUAAUCAAAUCACCGGCUCUUUACCUGACCUUUCAGUGUUCUCAUCUCUAAAAUCAUUGGUUCUUGAUAGUAAUCAAUUAAGUGGAAAGAUACCUGAAGGCAUCGGCUUACCAUUUCAUUUGGAAUCUGUGUCAAUCCAAUCAAACUCUUUAGAAGGUGGAAUUCCAAAAUCAUUUGGGAAUUCAUGUGCUUUGAGCUCACUGGAUAUGUCUCGUAACAAUUUGAAUCAAGAGCUUUCAGUGAUGAUUCAUCACUUGUCUGGAUGUGCUAGAUAUUCAUUGGAACAAUUAUAUCUAGGCAUGAAUCAAAUCAAUGGCACACUACCCGACCUCUCAAUAUUCUCAUCUUUAAAAUUAUUAAAUCUCGAUGAAAACAAGCUAAAUGGAGAGAUUCCUAAAGAUAUUAAAUUUCCGCCUCAACUGGAGGAACUAGUUAUGCAAUCAAAUUCCUUACAGGGCGUGCUCACUGACUAUCAUUUUGCUAAUAUGUCUAAGUUAGAUUUCUUGGAGUUAUCUGACAACUCUUUGUUGGCCUUGACAUUUAGCCAAAAUUGGGUCCCACCAUUUCAGUUGAGCCACAUAGGAUUGCGAUCUUGCAAGCUAGGUCCAGAAUUUCCCAAAUGGUUGCAGACACAAAAUCAAUUUGGGAAUAUUGACAUUUCCAAUGCAGGAAUAGCAGAUAUGGUUCCAAAGUGGUUUUGGGCUAAUUUAGCAUUUCGAGAAUGGAUUUCAAUGAAUAUUUCAUACAAUAAUCUCCAUGGGAAAAUUCCCUCAAAAAUUGGGAAGCUAGCAUCACUUGAAUCUCUUGAUUUGUCAAGAAACCAGUUGGUUGGUUCAAUUCCUCUGAGUCUUACUCAAAUUUAUUGGCUCAGUGUAUUAGAUUUGUCACAUAACCAUCUAACUGGAAAAAUUCCAACCAGCACACAGUUACAGAGUUUCAAUGCCUCCAGUUAUGAAGAUAAUCUUGAUCUUUGUGGACCGCCACUUGAGAAAUUUUGUAUUGAUGGGAGACCAACACAAAAACCAAAUGUUGAAGUUCAAGAGGGUGAAUAUUCACUUUUCAGUCGUGAAUUUUACAUAAGUAUGACAUUUGGAUUUGUUAUAAGCUUUUGGGUAGUGUUUGGCUCAAUCUUACUCAAACGUUCUUGGAGACAUGCCUAUUUCAAGUUCUUGAACAAUCUAUCAGACAAUAUUUAUGUCAAGGUUGCAGUAUUUGCUAAUAAAAUAUCAAAGGUGCAUGGCUGA